AUGUCGAAGCAACAGAAGACAAUGACACAACCUAUCAACCUGAUCUUCAGGUUUCUUCAAAACAAAUCGCGCAUUCAGAUAUGGCUGUAUGAAAAUGCUGAUCUGCGCAUCGAGGGUCAAAUUAUUGGGUUUGACGAGUACAUGAAUCUCGUGCUUGACAAUGCAGAAGAGUAUCACAAGAAGAAGGGAACGCGCAAGCCACUGGGAAGGAUCCUCCUCAAAGGAGAGAAUAUAACAUUGAUGCAAGUUGUGGACGGAUCCACUUCAUCAGCAUGACAGGGCUUGUGAAGCCCUUUCACCUUUGAAAUCUCUUCCAUUGGGAUGUGCAUGGACUCGCUGGUUUCUGCGAUUUCUGAUUCUUGGAUGGCCCAUCCUGUAUCUUCAGCUCCCAGUCUUGCUGGUUAAAAUUCUCAGGGUCGCUCAGUUCUAAUGCUCAAAGUUCGUCUCGUCAAGGAUGUCGAAAGCAGCUUCUGACACGAUAAUGUACUGCAAACAUGUUUAUAAAGAAUCAACUGAUC